UUGGAUAGGCACAUCAUUCUAGAUAUCAUAGAGUGCAACGGCAACUACAAUGCAUUCCACAAGUGUGAUCUGCCAACUGUUCGUCCAGCAGAUAGAGGCUACCCUAUCUUAUACGGACGAGGAUGGGAAUGUGGACAAUCUCGUCGCAAGGACGCAAUCCUAUUAUCAAUGUAUUCCUUGCAAAAAUAUUGUCCCUUAAUCGGAACGCGCUCUAUCUCCGAAACAGUAACACAUUUCCACAACUUCUAUGAUUCUAUUGCUGAAAAAGUAAGAGCACUCGACGAAUGGCCGAACGACCUCCGCAAGGACAAGAACAGCAUAAGAUUUUAUCAAGCACUCCUCAACAAUAGCGAUGCAUUGAAGAUCCCCCUUGUUGUCCGUCAGGCCAUAAAAUGCGUCCUCGUAAUCCCCGCAAGUAACGCCGAUCCAGAGCGCAGCUUCUCAGCAGCCACUAGGCUAACACAAAGCGAUCGAAACAGCUUGGGAACCAAGUCCAUAGAUGCUCUGAUGAGAGUCCAACGUGAUGGUCCGAGUCUCCUCACUGUAAGACCUAAAAACCUCGCAAAACAAUGGUUAAACCCGCUACCCGGCUUACAAGCUGGACGCCAUAAGCCAUCCAGCCUCGCAAGAUCAGAUAUUGAUGGACGAUCGCUUGUGGAACAUUCUGUCACUCAGUACAUGAAAGACAAUCGCUUACGAGGCAGACGCGAUUUCGAGGCCAUAGUACAGUCGAGACGCGAAUUAGAAACAUCAAGAACGAUGAUCUUUUCUUCAGGAAUUUUUUAUGACAAUAUCCACUGA